AAGCCAUCAGGUUAUCUCAGCUCGCACUUUAUUUCCACCGUCCACUCAACUCCUCUCCGAUCAUGGAAAAAAACUUCUACUUUCGCAACAAAGUGGCGGUGGUCACUGGCGCCUCCGUGGGAAUUGGAGCCAGCACAGCUGUGGAGUUGGCCAAUGCAGGAAUGGUGGUUGUGGGUCUUGCCCGCCGCUCAGAACUGAUCGAAGCUCUCAAUGAUCAGGUUACCGGUGACGGCAAGAUCUUCGCCAGGAAAUGCGAUCUCAGCGAUGAGGAGCAGUUGACCGAAACAUUCAAUUGGAUUCGUCGAGACUUCGACGUCAUUCACGUACUCGUCUGCAACGCUGGCAUUUUAAAGGCCAACUUCCUGAGCGAGUCCUCCACCAAGGACAUCAAGGAACUGUUCGACACGAAUGUGGUGGCCACCGCCAGUUGCCUGCGGGAAGCCCUGAAGCACAUGGCUGCGGUCAAGGUUCGCGGUCACAUUGUGGUCAUGAACAGCGUGCUCGGCCACCGGAUUCCGGAAGUGCCGGUGCCCUUAUUCAGCGUUUAUCCGGCCACGAAGCAUGCAAUUACGGCCCUCUGCCAAACGGUGCGCCAGGAAAUACAUUUUCUCAAAUUAAAUAUUAAAUUAACGAGCAUCUGUCCGGGAAUGGUGGACACGGAUUUCCUCAGUGUUUACUCACAGGCGGUGGCCGAGCUGCCCAAGCUGCAGGCGAAGGAUGUGGCCAAGGCGGUGCUCUAUGCCUUGGACACCCCCGACGGCGUCCAGGUGGAGGACAUCAUCCUGCAGCAGAUGCGAAGGGUCAAUUAACAUAUCGACUACUUCUUAUGUAUUACCUGUUAACCUGAAGUAAUACUGCAUCUGCAUAUUUCGAACAUAUCUACUUAUUAAAAAAUUAAAAUAAAGCAUA